AUGUUGAAUUUUGGUAGGGAAGGUUUGUAAAUAUUUUCUUAUAAAUGCAUAAUCCGGGAUCAUCCAAGAUUUUAUAAUUUCAAACUGAUAUUUUUCUUUAAUACCGAUCAAAACUACAUAUUUCCUUUGGAUUGUGUCCCCAUCCAUAGCUUAUAGUUCAAAAAUGGCAAAACUGAAAGGUGAGAAAAAAGGCAAAUCCGCUAUCAAUGAGGUCGUAACUAGGGAAUACACAGUUAAUCUGCAUAAACGGCUCCAUGGUGUGGGAUUUAAAAAACGUGCACCCAGGGCGAUUAAGGAAAUUCGAAAAUUUGCAGAAAAGCAAAUGGGUACCCCUGAUGUAAGAAUUGAUACAAGAUUGAAUAAGCAAUUAUGGUCCAAGGGAAUUAGGAAUGUUCCCUUCCGAGUUAGAGUUCGUUUAUCAAGAAGACGAAAUGAUGAUGAAGAUUCUGUUCAUAAAUUAUAUACUCUUAUAACCUAUGUACCAGUUGCCACAUUUAAAGGUCUUCAGACAGAAAAUGUGGACGCCAGUCAGGAGUAAUUGGGAAUAAAUUGUAUUUUUAGCC